AUGCAUCCUGAGAAGUCUUUAUUCUGGCUUUUCUUACUUACAAAUGUCUUACUGGUGCUUUGCGGCACUGGAUCUGGCAAUGGCGCAGGGAGCACCAAGGAGGUAGCGGCUCCAACAGUCUCCGGCUCUAAAACGGGUAGUAUCAUGAUCAUGUCCACAUCAACAGAAACCAGUAUCACAUCCUCCGAAGCCACCGAAACAGCAGCUCCAGCUUCCGAUAAAAACGACGAUGAAACAAAGGGAGACACCCAAUCAGGCUCAAGCAACGACACAGGUACAUCUUCCCCACAAGGUGCCAAAUCUGGUGGCGAAGAGACAACAACACCGAUCGACCCCGUUGUGAUUGUUCCCUUGUUUCUCCUUGCUGGAUUUGCUGUGGUCCUUUUCAUUGGGCAGCGCCUCUUAGACUAUUCCCGAGCAGUUCGCCUUCGGAAAACUAUCUGGGAAAACGCACCCAGGGUGGUGACGACGCCUUCAACAGCGGUGGCAAUCUGGAAGAGAGUGUCCUAUAGCCCUCUGUGGGGCAAACGUCGGAGCAGAGAAUUUCGACCCUUCAAAUGGCUUAAUAUGGGUACCCUGCCGACACGCCUAGAGUCCAUUCUGAUGAUGUUGUAUUUUGUCCUCAAUAUGAUUUUCGCCCUUGCCACUGUGGACUGGUCUCAGGCAGAGCUGGGUAUGAAGAUGGACAAUCUGCGAAAUCACACGGGGACCCUGGCCACAGCUAACUUGAUCCCUCUCGUUCUGACGGCUGGGAGGAAUAACCCGCUUAUUCCAAUUCUUCAUGUUCCGUUCGACACUUUCAACCUCAUGCAUCGCUUUCUGGGCCGACUCGUCGUCGUGGAAACUCUCUUGCACAUUGCAGCGGUGUUGAUUACAAAGGUUUCUUCAUCGGGCUGGGGCGUUCUACCUCAAGAGUUGUGGGGCAAGGAGUUGGUCCUUUACGGCUUCAUUGCCGGUAUCAUGUUUGUUACUCUUACCAUCCAAGCAUGGUCCCCAUUUAGGCAUGCAUUUUACGAAUUCUUCCUCCAUUUCCACAUCCUUCUCAGCAUCGGUGCGCUUAUUACGCUUUGGUAUCACCUUGCAGACCUUCAACAGCAAUACUUGAUGAUUGGCGUGUUUCUUGCAUGGGCACUGGAGCGUGCGACGCGGGUUGGAAAUAUUAUCUGGCGGAAUACCAGAGGUAUUCCAACGAAAGUCGAGGUCGGAAUCCUGCCAGCAGACACGAUAUGGUUGAGAGUCCGAACCCCACGAUCGUGGAACAUCAAGGCAGGCCAACACAUCUAUCUGUACAUUCCUUCUAUCGGCUUGUGGACCUCGCAUCCGUUCUCCAUUGCUUGGACGGAUGAUGAAGCUAGUGGGAAGCCAACAAGUCAAGUCAGGAGCAUGAUUUCAGCAUGUACUCAGCCUCAAGAGCCCACACUAUACCUUCUCAUCAAAUGCCACAACGGAUUUACACGAAGAAUGUGGAAGAAAGCCGCUCGUGCAAAGAGUGGGACGUUUUCCGCAGUAGCUUUUGCAGAAGGCCCUUACGGGGGCCUUGAAUCUCUGUCGUCGUUCCGAAGUGUCAUCCUGGUUGCUGGGGGAGUUGGAAUCACUCAUCAGCUUCUUUACCUUCGAGAACUGAUUGAGGGAUAUCACAACAGAGCUGCGGCUAUUCGUCGAGUCACCCUGGUAUGGUCGAUCAGGACACUUGACCAAGUUGAAUCCGUCCAACCUUUUCUACAAGCUCUUCUCACUCAGCACGCACAAUGCACACGACGCGAGAAUCCGUUGUCAGUGUCCAUCCUCAUUUUUGCUUCCCUGACGCACCUACAGAAGUCAGUGAGCACCUCGACCUAUCAGCGUGGUUCACCUUACUCCAAAAUCCAUCGCCCUCGAGCGUCUGUCUUCUCCACAGCGUCUACAACGCCCAUGAUGAGCGAUGGCCAUGCCUCCCCUCGCAUUGGGAACGAGACAACUCCUGAGGCAAUGGAUUAUGUCCCGUUUACCGGAAUGCACGAUUCUGCGUCGGUCGAGGUCUUUAACCACCGAGCCAACAUCUACGCUCUUCUAAACAAUGAGAUUGGAAGACAGAUUGGUGCCAUGUACGUAAGCGUUUGUGGGCCUGGAGGACUAGCGGACGAUGUCCGAGAUGCAGUCAGAGAGCAUUUGAAAACAGGUGAUACUGAUUUGGAGUUUUACGAAGAGAGCUUCAGCUGGUAG